AAAAAAUACUAGUUACUAAAAUAUUGCAAAGAGAUAUAUAUAUACGACAAAGAAGCCACCUCUUCUUUCGCGUCAACCCAAAUCAAGAACGCCUCUAAAAUAAAAUAAAAAAUUAUGGAGUCUCCGGUGGAGAGGAGCGGCAACGACGUCCGACAACCGUUGCUAGAUAAAAUCCCGGCGAAGAAAGAAGCGGAAGGAGAGGAGAGAUUAUGCAUAGACGAGAUGUUACAGAGAUAUUGCGGCGAGUUCGGGAGGUGGCAGAUGAAACACUUUGUUUUGACGUGUCUUGCUUGGGCUUUAGAGGCGUUUCACACGAUGGUUAUGAUAUUCGCCGAUCAAGAGCCCGAGUGGAGAUGCGUCGGGUCGGAUUGUCGGGUCGGGUCUUCGACUUGUGGUAUGGAUCCGAGUUCUUGGGAAUGGACGGCGGGUAAAGGAAGCUCCACCGUGUCGGAGUGGGGUUUGAUUUGCGGCGAGAAGUAUAAGGUUGGUCUCGUUCAAGCUCUCUUCUUCGCCGGAUGCAUGAUCGGUGCGGGAGUAUUCGGACAUCUAUCAGACUCGAAGCUAGGAAGAAAAGGCUCACUAACAGUCGUCUGCAUUAUUAACUCAAUCUUCGGAAUCGCGACAGCUUUCUCCCCAAACUACUGGACCUAUGUGGUUCUCCGGUUCUUGACAGGUUUCAGCACCGGUGGUGUAGGCCUAACCGCGUUUGUCCUAGCCAAUGAACCCAUAGGACCGAGCAAACGCGGUGUAGCCGGAAUGUCAACUUUCUACUUUUUCUCUGGCGGCAUUGCAGUUCUAUCCGGCAUUGCUUACGUUUUCAGAUCAUGGAGGGAGCUUUUCAUAGUGUCUUCGUUACCCUCUCUCUUGUUCCUAAUCAUUGUUAUCCCAUUCAUCUCCGAGUCCCCUAGGUGGUAUCUCGUGAGAGGCAAAGUUGACGAGGCGAUGAAGCUGAUGCAUUGUAUCGCUAAAACGAACGGGCGUCACAUUCCCGAUGGAGUCACUCUUGCUGUAGACGACGACGUGGAAGAUAAAAACGGAGAGAGGAAUAAUACUGCUGUUGAGGGUUCGCUCAAAGAUGUUAUACUGUCGCCUCUCACGCGGAUCAGACUUCUCAUUACAGUUGCCAUAAGUUUCACGGUCUCGAUUGUGUACUACGGACUAAGCCUCAACGUAGUCAACCUCAAGACCAAUCUCUACCUCAACGUCUUUGUCAACGCGGUGGCGGAGAUGCCCGCGUUUGCUAUAACAGCGGCUUUCCUAGACAAGUACGGGAGGAAACCGCUGUCUAUAGGGACGCAGUGGUUCAGCUGCGUCUUCUGCCUAGCCGGAUUCGCUAUAUGGGGAGCUGGUACAUGGAAGUCGGUUAGAAUGGUUGCAGGGGUUUUAGGGAUAUUUGGGAUGGCCGGAACGUACAAUCUUCUGUUCAUAUAUAUAGCUGAACUGUUUCCUACGGUGGUGAGGAACGCGGCAUUGGGCUGCGCUACUCAGGCGUCUCAAAUGGGAGCGAUCCUGGCGCCUUUUGUGGUGGUUUUAGGGGAUGAGUUACCGUUUGGGGUGUUUGCUGUUUGCGGGUUAGUGGGAGGUGGGCUUGCGUUUUACUUGCCGGAGACGUUGAACAAGCCCUUGUAUGAUACAAUGUUUGGGAUGCACGAAGCUGAGAGUAACAGAGGAGGCAGAGAAGAAGUAGUAGUGUGUUAAAAGCAACGGAAUCAACAACACUUAGACAUGAAGACACAAAUAAAGAUCUUAGGGAUAGGUGUUUUCAAAUGUCGAAUUGUUUUGUACGUUGUGAUUUUUGCGUUAAGGUUUUUGGGUUUUGAAUGGUGAAGGGCGUUGAUAAAUAAGGUUAACAUUGAUUUUAGUGAACACGUUCAUGGUUUUGCCAACACUUUUCUAUGAA